AAUUAGAUGUCAAGGGACCAAUAACUAAUCUGAUAAAAGCGCCCGGUUGAAUUGUAACCUUUCCCACAUGAUUUAAGUCAUACGGAGUAUUUAAUUGGAAAAUGGGACUUGAUAAAAAAUAGAUCAUUUGACACAGUUUAGCGCCUGGAUUAAUGAUAACGUUGAAUUACUUUGCUCGUAAGUUGUAGGUUGCUAGUGUUUCGGGUUAAAAAUGCUGGUUUGGAAGUGCUAAUAACAACAGUGUUUACCUAAAGCGUUUAUUACCAAGAAAGCUUUGUUGGAUGAAGGAGAGGCUGGCGGCUGAGGGUUUGACGGUGGUAUGACUACGACGGUUCCUGUGGAUGGGGCGGCGCCUACCCCUCCACCGGUGGCUAAGGCGUGGAGAGCAAAGUCCUUUGUUUCAGUCUUAAUGAAUUCCUCGGAUCAGAAACCAUUAUCUAAGAAGGUGGCUUCACGUUUCAAAGGGAUACCAUCAAUCACGUUUCCGGAGGAAGAGAUCAAAAUUCUGCUGAGCAGCACAAAAGGGCUUUGGUGGGUUAUUUCUUUAACGAUAGGCCCCCUAUGGCUUCUAUUCGUAUGUCGUUUGAAUUAAUUGGGUAUAAAGAAAAUUUCUAGUUGGGUAUUUUUGGAGAGAGCAUAUUCUUAUCAGAUUCAAGCUUGAGGAAGAUUAUAUACGUUGUUGGAAUCGUCAAACAUGGGAUAUCUUUGGGAACGUUAUGCGUGUAAAGAAAUGGACUCCUGAUUUCAGGCCAAAUGUUGAAUCCCCUAUCGUUCCUAUAUGGUUUAAUUUUGAAAACUUACCUAUUCAUCCUCAGGACAAAAGAGCUCUAUUUGACAUUGCAGGACUGGUGGGGAGACCACUUAAAUUAGAUGUUGCUACAACAUCUCUAACCAAACCAUAUGUGGCACCUAUUUUUACUCAGGUGGAUCUCUCUAAAGAUAUGCCUCGGAAAAUUUGGAUCCAAUGUGGAUCCAUGGGAUUCUCUCAGGCUGUGGGAUAUGAGAAUAGCCCUAUGUAUUGCAUUAAAUGUCUAUAUCUUGGUCAUAUUGAUGUUACAUGUCCUAAACGUCCCCAAGUGGGGAUCAAUGGGGCCUCUGCUAAUGGUAAAAUAGAUAAGGAGCCUGGAAAAACUAAUACAACAGAAAAGUGGGUUCAAAAACCCAAAUCUACAGGGCCUAUUAUAAUUACAGAUAAAGGUGUAAUGCCUAAUACUGGAAAAGAUAAAGGUGUAAUGCCAAGUACUGGGAAAGAUAAAAGGAAAGCUUGUGUGCAGUCUUGCAUCCCUUCCACUUCCAAAGGGUGUGAUUCAGAUACAGAUACAGAGGAGGUUUACAAUGAGACACUAAUUCCUGGAAUUGGCAACAACACUGUCAAUCAGUCCAUUACUUUAGACAGUCCUGCGGCCAAUAUUUUGUCUACUUCUAAAGCAGUACCUGAAGAGCACAUUAAUAUAUCAGAAGCUCUUGGGGUGACAGGUCUUGAGCCAGGUUACUUUAGCAGAAGAUCUUGAGGUGACAGAUCCUGUAGCUCCUGAGGUGACUGUUGCUUAUAGCUCUGCUAAAGAAUUAGAACUUCAGACAUUACUUCAAAUGCAGAUUCCUGGAAUAGAGAAAUCAAAGUUGAGUACAUAUAUUCAGGAUGACUUCCAGUUGCAAAAAAUGAAUACAUUUCUGGAUUAUGAUUUUUAAUUAGAAUCUAAUCUGGUUCUUUCUGAUGGGGAGAUUAAAAGGAAAGGGCACUCCCGAACACUUGAAAGGAAGGUUGGGAUGGCAUCAGUAGUGCAAUGGAGAGUAUGGUUCAGAAAUUGACUGCUGAAGGACAAAUCAUACAGGGGAGACUUAUUCAUCAAUGCUCAGUUGAUCCAUCUGACAAUGUUGAAGUUUGUCUACCUGCAGAUACCAAGAAAAAGCAUAAGGAUAAGCAACAAACUGUUAAAAGUCCUCGGGUUACAAGAAAUGCAGCACGAAAGAAUAAACAAAAUGAGAUUUCAGCUCUUGGGGAUCCUAGCAUCAUCAAGAAGCUGUCUUUUACUUCCUCUAAUGUUUCCUUAUGAAUUGUCUAAUCUAGAAUGCCAGGGGUCUGGAAGGCUCUCUUUCCAGGGGUCUGGAAGGCUCUCUUUCCAGAUUCUCACCGGCCGGCUAGCAGCCCUUGGACGCUUCAUGUCCAAGUCCGCCGAGAAGUCCCUACCCUUCUUCCAGGUCCUAAAGAAACAAAAUGGUUUCGUCUGGAAUGAUGAGUGUCAGCGAGCCUUCGACGACCUAAAGAAGUACCUCCUCUCUGAGCCUUUACUCAGCAAGCCGGAGAGGGGGGAGACGUUAAUCCUUUAUCUUGGGGUUUCCCAAGGCGCGAUCAGUUCCGUGCUGGUUCGCGAGGAGGAAGGCAUUCAACGUCCCGUCUACUAUGUGAGCAAGACCCUCCAGAAUGCUGAACUCCGGUACACCUGACGUGCACUCGUCGUUAGGUGCACUCAAAAUAAUUUAUCAAUACAACACUAAUACGUAGUAUAGUGUAGUAAGGUUCGUAUCCACAGGGAAAGGAAUACUUUUCUUUUAUAUAAAUAGUAACAAGGGGGUUUAGAUUUGUUUGGUUUGAAAACACUAAGAUAAACAACCUAUAUGAGUUUAAUUUGAUGAGAUGAGGACUUGGUUUUGCUUUUAUCCACUUAAUGAAAUGUUCGUCGAUCCCGG